GUGGAAUGUGUGAUUCCACCAUGGGUCUCGUAUAUGUACACGCGUAAAUGAAAGUGUGUAGGCGUACGGUCGUACUUCGUAGUACACACCGUCUGGCCUGGUGUCGCGUCGUUGCUCUCGUAAAAAAGAAUGGAGAAUGUAGGGAAGAUCAUCGUAGUAUGGGGCAGAAAAACGAUCGAGGUGCCAGACGUGAACCUGUCCGACACCGUCCGCGGGUUGAAAAAAAGGAUAUACAAGGAAACCGGCAUCCUUCCGCAACGUCAGAAACUCUUGAACCUUCGAACCAAAGAAUCGUUGCUCCCACCAGGCAAAGCAUCGCAAGAGGAGGAAACCCUGGUGAAUUUGGGCAUGAAACCCGGAUUCAAGCUAAUGCUGAUGGGCUCGCGUGAAGAGGACAUCGCGGAGGCUCGCCGCGCGCCAAAAGACUUGCCCGACGUUAUUAACGACUUUAACACGGAAGAGGACGAGCUGGAAGUUGAGAACGCUAUGUUGUGUCUGCUUCAAAUUCAAUGUAGAAUCGACUGCUACAGGUUCGUAGAAUUGAAUCCGUUCAGAGAGGGAAAGAAACUGUUGGUGGUCGAUAUAGAUCACACGAUUUUCGAUCCAAUGUCGACGGCGGAGACUGGUGCCGAAUUGAUGCGGCCCUUUCUUCAUCAAUUCUUAACCCUGGCUUAUCUAAAUUAUGACAUAGUGAUUUGGUCGGCUACCAGUAUGAAGUGGAUCGACGAGAAGAUGAAAGUGCUCGGUGUUGCCAAUAAUCCGUACUACAAGAUAGCCUGCCAGCUCGACUCCAGGGCCAUGAUCAAUGUUCGCACAUCGAAACAUGGCACUGUCACGGCAAAGCCGCUGGCGGUCAUUUGGGGUAAAUACAAACAGUUCUCCGCGAAGAACACGAUAAUGUUUGACGACAUUAGAAGAAACUUUAUCAUGAAUCCACAAUCGGGAUUGAAGAUAAAACCCUUCAGGCACGCUCACCUCACAGGAAGAACUGACAUUGAACUGUUAAAGUUGUCCCAGUAUUUAUUAUUGAUAGCCAACGUCGACGACUUUCAGACAUUGAAUCACAGAAAAUGGGAGGAGUAUAUAAUCGACAAAAUCAAAGAAGAAGAGAGGAGAAACAUGGAGGGAAGUGAGAGCAAGAGUGAAUAAGCGUUUCUUUGGUUCUUUUUUUUUUAAAGAAUGUUAAAUGCUUGUUAAAUUUUAUGAAGUUUUCAUUGAUCGGACACGCCAAUCGACUGUUGUGGAUUCGCCGCGCGAAAGCCAAACUCUUCUUCGGUCAAAUGAACAGCUCGUGUAAAAGGACAUCAUCAUUUUAAUAUUCUUCCAUGGACGUGGACACGCGACGAUAUUAGUGAUAACGUUGACUAAUCCAUUCGCAUAUUUUCACACGCCUUUUUGUAUUUAUAAUGUACUUAUCAGUUUAUUGUGGAACAUAUAGAAGAUAUGUAAUCACAGAUCAUUGAAAUAAAUCUUAUGUCUUUCAAA